AUGGCCACCGCGCGCGCCGUCCUGCACGCGCGCCAUGGCCACCUCCACCGUCGCGGCUCGCCCCUGUUCCCCCUCCUUCGCCGCCCCGCCGAGGCCGCGUUCGGCGCGCCUCCGUCCCGCUGUGCGUCCUGCUCAUCGCGCCUCCGCUCCGCCGCCGCAAUGCCUGCCCAAGCCACCGCCGCGAAGCCUGCCUGCCCGGAGCAGGGGAGGAGCCGAGGCGAAGAGGAAGAUGAAGAGCGCGGAGGAGCGUCGCCGCCGGGAGGAGCUGUAAGAGCCGCGCCGGCUUGUGCCUCUUCCCAGUGGAGGGCGGCGCCGUGGGGGAGGAAGUGGAACGACGAGCAAUUCCGCAGCGAGGAGGAAGAGAAUCUGGCCGCGAGCGCCAUGGACCCACGCCGCCUCGCCAUGACCGCCGCGAGCCGCGCCUCCGCCUCGCAUCGCGGACUCACGUCGCGGCGCGGCCCCCGCCCCCCACCUGCAGGUGCAGCUCCCGGCCGCGGCGAAGCCCAAGGAGGAGGAGGUGCUGCCGCCGACUCGCACCGGAGCCCCUACAGCGGAGGAAGGGAGCGGCCGGCCCCGCGGCACGGCUGCCCGGACCGGCCUCGCGUCGCGGCGCGGCGCGGCUGCCCGGAGGAAGUGAUGCGGCCGGCCACCGACGAGGGAGGGAGGGGCAGAGGGCCGGCCACCACGAGGGAGGGAGGGGCGGAGGGCAAUGCGCCGGUGAGGGAGUAG